UAGAAGCCGCCUCAGCUGGCUGAGGAUCUGAAGGUCCAGUUGGAGCACACCCAGAACAAGCUGAGAGAGAUCCAGUCCUCCAUGUCACACAACAGGAGCGCCCGAGAGGGGGAGUCCUUCAACCUCAAGAGAGCCCAGGAGGACCUGUCUCGCCUGCGCAGGAGGCUGGAGAAGCAGAAGAAGGUGGAGGUGUACACCGACGCAGACGAGAUCCUGCAGGAGGAGAUCAACCAGUACAAGGCAAAGCUGCGGUGCCCGUGCUGCAACACGCGUGACAAGGAGACGGUUCUCACCAAGUGCUUCCACGUGUUCUGCUUCGAGUGCCUGAAGACGAGGUACGACACGAGGCAGAGGAAGUGCCCCAAGUGCAACGCAGCCUUCGGAGCAAACGACUUCCACCGGAUCUACAUCAACUGAGAGGAGAGAGGGGAGAGAGGGGAGGAGAGGAGAGAGAGGGGAGGAGGCAAUGACUUCCACCGGAUCUACAUCAAUGGAGAGGAGAGGAGAGAGGGGAGGAGAGGAGAGAGAGGGGAGGAGGCAAUGACUUCCACCGGAUCUACAUCAACGGAGAGGAGAGGAGAGAGGGGAGGAGAGGAGAGAGAGAGGGGAGGAGAGGAGAGAGAGAGGGGAGGAGAGGAGAGAGGGGAGGAGGCAAUGACUUCCACCGGAUCUACAUCAGCGGAGGGAGGAGAGAG